AUGUGCGUGCUGGCAUUAUUGCGACCAACAUUAUUCGCUCAUUAUUACUUAAUCGAUACCACAAGUAUUCUUAUUCAUCCAAAUGGUUUAGAAAAAUCUUCUAUGUCAAACAAAAUUUACCUGUUAGAUACUACGAACUUUACUUGGGUUGAUAAAUUUGAACCGAAAAGUAUAACUGAGCCUACACCUUCAAAUACAAGUUUACCGAAUACUUCUUCGACAACUUCUUCGACUUCUCCAAAAACUACUGAUGGUCUAAAAAAUACGAUAGUUGCUGCAAUAAGUGGAAUUUUAGGUACCGCAUUUGUUAUAUUAAUUGGAAUCCUUGGCUAUAAAUGGUAUCAAAAGAGAAAACAAAAUGAAAUUAUGAGGAUCGCCGGCGACAAAUAA